UUCUCGCCAGGGUUACGUCGUCGACUCGUCAUCCCCCAAAUCGGAGGUAGUUUCUUGCACACCUUGUUCUCUUCCAGGGCUUCAUCUGCUCGUUCGGCUCAGUGGCUGCAAUCAUAGGUGUCGAAUCCGCCUCGUUUGGACGGAUCCUUCGGGUGUUGUGAAGAUCUGUGAAAUUGUCUCCUAAUAGAAGAAGAGAUGGCUGGUUCUUUGGUUCAGUCAGCAAUUCUUCCUACUGUUGCAGUGAACAGGAUCCAAAGUCAUCUCCGAGGCUCUGGAAAGGUUAAAAGAGGUUCCAAAAUGAUGUGCCAACCGCGAAAGCACUCGCUACGACUGCAAGGUUUUGCAGGCUUGCGAAGAUCAGAUAAUGUGGAAUUCUCAUCAAGAAAUCAACGGGAUUUUCAUUCAGUGGUUUCAGGAUAUAUCUCUUAUUCACGAGGAAAAGCCAGUCGAGGAGUUGCUAAAGCUAUGUUUGAACGCUUUACAGAGAAGGCAAUUAAAGUUAUCAUGCUUGCACAAGAAGAAGCUAGGCGUCUAGGCCACAACUUUGUUGGAACAGAACAGAUACUGUUGGGCCUAAUCGGCGAAGGGACUGGUAUUGCAGCAAAAGUUUUAAAAUCAAUGGGAAUAAAUCUUAAAGAUGCUCGAGUGGAAGUGGAGAAGAUUAUUGGAAGGGGAAGUGGUUUUGUUGCUGUUGAGAUACCUUUUACACCACGUGCAAAACGUGUUCUUGAACUCUCUUUAGAGGAAGCUCGUCAACUCGGUCAUAACUAUAUAGGAUCUGAGCACCUGCUUCUUGGGCUUCUUCGUGAGGGUGAAGGUGUGGCUGCUCGUGUGCUCGAGAGUCUUGGAGCUGAUCCAAGCAACAUACGGACCCAGGUCAUUCGAAUGGUCGGUGAAACAACUGAAGCUGUUGGUGCUGGGGUAGGGGGAGGAAGCAGUGGUAAUAAGAUGCCUACACUUGAGGAGUACGGAACUAAUUUGACAAAGUUAGCAGAGGAGGGAAAGCUAGAUCCUGUUGUUGGCAGGCAGGACCAGAUAGAGCGUGUUACGCAAAUUCUUGGAAGGCGUACGAAGAACAAUCCAUGCCUAAUUGGGGAACCUGGUGUGGGAAAGACAGCAAUUGCAGAAGGACUUGCUCAACGUAUAGCUAAUGGCGAUGUUCCAGAAACAAUUGAAGGAAAAAAAGUGAUUACCCUUGAUAUGGGGCUUCUUGUUGCUGGUACUAAAUACCGUGGAGAGUUUGAAGAAAGGUUAAAAAAGUUGAUGGAGGAAAUUAAACAAAGUGAUGAAAUAAUACUCUUCAUUGAUGAAGUACACACAUUAAUUGGAGCUGGAGCAGCAGAAGGUGCAAUAGAUGCUGCUAAUAUCUUAAAACCAGCUCUCGCCAGAGGUGAAUUGCAGUGUAUUGGAGCCACAACACUUGAUGAAUACAGGAAACACAUCGAGAAGGAUCCUGCUUUGGAGAGACGUUUUCAACCUGUAAGAGUUCCAGAACCAACAGUUGAUGAGACAAUACUGAUUCUUAGAGGGCUUCGUGAAAGAUAUGAGAUUCACCAUAAACUUCGUUACACUGAUGAGGCUUUAAUUGCUGCUGCUCAGUUGUCUUACCAGUAUAUUAGUGACCGGUUUCUACCUGAUAAAGCAAUUGACUUGAUUGAUGAAGCUGGUUCUCGUGUUAGGCUUCGCCAUGCACAACUUCCUGAGGAAGCCAGAGAACUUGACAAAGAGCUUAGGCAGAUUACGAAAGAGAAAAAUGAAGCAGUCCGCAGCCAAGAUUUUGAAAAGGCAGGGGAGUUGCGCGAUCGAGAGAUGGAGCUGAAGGCUCAAAUCUCAGCCUUAAUUGAUAAGGGCAAAGAAAUGAGCCAAGCAGAGAGUGAGGCUGGUGAUUCAGGUCCCACUGUGACGGAAGCAGACAUACAACACAUAGUAUCAUCUUGGACUGGAAUUCCUGUGGAGAAAGUAUCGAGUGAUGAGUCUGACCGUCUCCUCAAAAUGGAAGAAACUCUCCAUAAACGUGUUAUCGGCCAGGAUGAAGCUGUGAAAGCGAUAAGUCGAGCCAUUCGUCGAGCUCGUGUUGGUCUCAAGAAUCCCAAUCGUCCAAUUGCCAGCUUCAUAUUUUCUGGUCCAACUGGCGUUGGAAAAUCGGAAUUGGCAAAGGCACUGGCUUCCUAUUAUUUUGGCUCUGAAGAAGCCAUGAUCCGGCUUGAUAUGAGUGAAUUCAUGGAGAGGCACACUGUUUCCAAGCUCAUCGGUUCACCACCUGGUUAUGUUGGUUACACCGAGGGUGGUCAGCUUACUGAAGCAGUUCGACGUCGCCCCUACACUGUUGUCCUCUUUGAUGAGAUAGAGAAAGCCCACCCUGAUGUUUUCAACAUGAUGCUCCAGAUAUUAGAAGAUGGGAGAUUGACAGACAGCAAGGGGCGGACAGUAGAUUUUAAGAAUACUCUCCUGAUCAUGACGUCCAAUGUAGGGAGCAGCGUCAUCGAGAAGGGAGGACGGAGGAUUGGUUUUGAUCUCGACUAUGAUGAAAAGGAUAGCAGCUACAAUCGGAUCAAGAGCCUUGUUACUGAGGAGUUGAAGCAGUACUUCCGACCAGAAUUCCUGAAUCGGCUAGAUGAAAUGAUCGUCUUCCGACAGCUGACGAAACUGGAGGUCAAGGAGAUUGCUGACAUAAUGCUUAAGGAGGUAUUUGACAGGCUGAAAGUGAAGGAUAUAGAACUUCAGGUGACAGAGAGAUUCAAGGAUAGGGUGGUGGACGAAGGUUACAACCCAAGCUACGGAGCUAGGCCACUUAGAAGAGCCAUAAUGAGGCUCUUGGAGGAUAGCUUGGCUGAGAAAAUGCUGGCUGGCGAGAUCAAGGAGGGAGAUUCGGCUAUUGUGGAUGUCGACUCUGACGGGAAUGUCACAGUUCUAAAUGGUGGGAGUGGUGUGCCUGAGCCAAUCCCCCCAGCUGUUUCCGUAUAGAUUCAAUAUCUUUUGUGUCUGCGGUUCGGUGCCAUGUUGUAGGUUGCUAGUGUAGGGCCAAGGAAAAAAACUGCUGCUGUUCGUUCAAAUUUAUACCAUGUGAUCUCCAUUUAUAUUUUAGGGUAUUAACAUGAAAAUUUGUUGUAAGAGAAACGGAGCAGACAAAAAAGAUGGGACUGAAGUGAGACUUUGUUUGUUUACUUGAAGCCAGAAGAAGUACACUGCUUGUGA